UCUAAAGCAGAGGAACCGGCUAUCAUCAUCAUCAUCAUCACCUGUCGGCAUGAGUGAGGAGGAGCAGAGUAACGGCUCGCUGUCGGUCAGGAAGCCGUCCCGCAUGCCCAAGUGCUCGCGCUGCAGGAACCACGGCUUCGUGUCGCCGCUGAAGGGCCACAAACGCUUCUGUAGCUGGAGAGACUGCCAGUGUCAGAAAUGCAGACUGAUCGCUGAACGACAGAGGGUCAUGGCAGCCCAGGUGGCGUUACGGAGGCAGCAGGCCCAGGAGGAAGAGCUGGGUAUUUGCAGUCCGGUUAACCUGUCCGGUUCAGACACUCUGGUGAAAAACGAGGGCGUCGGUGAUAAUGUGUUUACUAUCAUCCCAGGGCCACCAUCACCCAGCACCAGCAGUGCCACCGCCUCUCCCACCAACCUAGGGAAUCGCUCCAUGCUGGCUCUAAGUCCUGCGGCGACCAGCAGAGGGCACACUGAGGGCACGUCUGACCUGAUGGUGGACGCCUCCUAUUACAACCUCUACCAGCCCACACCAUACUCAUCCUACUAUAGCAACCUGUACAACUACCAGCAAUACCAGAUGCCUAGUGGAAAUGGUCGCCUGUCCAGCCAUAACGUUUCCCCCCAGUACCGCACACACUCCUACUAUUCCUCUUACCUGAGUCAGGGGCUCGGCACGACUGCAUGUGUGCCCCCCAGCACCUGCCCUGAACCCAAAGCAGCAGCUUUCUCUGAUGGAGCUCAAGACUCUGUGUCCAUCAGCUCGAUGAUCAACACUGAGAACCGGCUGGAGUGUGAGAGCAGCUCAGAGUCUGGAACCUUCUCCAUCAACUCCAUCGUUGAUGGGGUAGCCAAAUAAAAAACCCUCACCUGCACCAAUCUCACAUUUAAUUGAAUUGUUUCUGUAUUUUCAACUUAUUUUUCACCUUAUUGUUCAACAUUGUGUAGUUAACACUGAUCAGGUUGACUGUUGUGGUGUUUUUCAACUUUUUUAGGGAUUCUAUAAGGUUUGGGUAUUAUUUGCUCUUAGUUUCUCGAUGAUGAUCAGAAAUGCAGUUUACAUAGAUUGCCAUGUUUUAUACAGUUUGAUAGCUUCAGUUUGUUUACUUUGAUACUGCAGUUGUUAAAGAUUAGAAUGAGUUACUUCACUCCAUAUACUAUAGUGAAAGAAAUGGCAGAGCACAACGAUUUACUGCCACAUAUCAGUUGAAGCUCAGUAUUGCUGUCAUUGGCCUAAUGAAUAAGCUAACUUCUUUCCAUGACCUUCAAGACACAAAGUAUAUGAGCUCUUCUCCAGCAUCUCUAUAGUGUUGUGUUGUAGGCUGUGGGACAUUUGGGUUUGAAGAGAUACUAUUAAAUUAUGCUUCAAUCUCACAGUGAACGGCUUAUUUAUUUAUGGCCAUCACUAAAGGACAUCAUUUAACUUUUGAUGAUUUGCAUCAACCCUGUUCCUAUGCAUGAUCCAGCUAAUGUUCAGUGCUCUUCCGUAUUUUCUUUGUAUAAUAUGAAGCUGUGCCCUUGAUUUUAAUGGUGUUGUUGGCACAGAUAAUGUCCUCAGUCAAGUCACGAAUAAAUGGUAAAGGAGAAGAGGGACACAAAACUUUCUUUCCUUGUAAGCUCAGUUUGUUGCAGACAUUUGUUAUGACAGUACAUUUAACUAAUAAUUUAACUACAUUUCGUUUUUUAGAUCUGAUAAAAACAAGGUAGUGUGAUCUAUUUUUUACAUUUUAUUGUUAUUAUUAUAUUAUAGUCGAUGGCCAAUUAAAAUGAGUCAGUUAGAGGGCCAUUUAAUAUGCUUGCAUCUGUAUUUCUUUUGCACUUAGAAGUCAGUAUUAAUAAGUAGCUAACUGAAACUUAAAUGAAUAGCCUUUUUCUAAAAAUGAAUGUAAAGAAUGUGUGUACUGUAUAUUCUAAUGUUAAACAGUGAUUUUGUGCAAUUUUGUUAGACCAACAGUUCACAGUUUGAUUCAUUUGUUUUCCAGAUGCUGGUUUUGUGUAUAACUUACUGAAGUUUUUUAUUGUUACGAUUGUAAAACAACACAAAAGCUAAUUUGCAAUCCUGUGUUUAUAUGCUCUCAUGUUCAGUGGAAAUAAAAUAAUUAUUGAUGACUGACUUUCA